AUGGCAGACACAUGCAUUGUCUGUUUAGGUGACCUCCGAACGACUUUCGCCGAGGACCCACCGCCGGAAGCUGCCGCCACUGUUGGUGAUGAUGGAGCUGGCAAAGACGAUGAUGCCAAGAAGAUAGCGAGCUCGAGUUCGAAAAGUAUCGAAGACGACGACGAAGCCGUUGCACACCUCUUACCCUGCAAACACGACCUGCACAACUCCUGCCUCAAGCCAUGGGUCGAGCGAGCGAACAGCUGCCCAAUAUGCCGAACCGUAUUCAACAUGGUCGAAAUCAGCCGGACUCUUGGCGGGCCAGUUGCCGACAGCUACGCGGUGAAGGACAGGACUCAAGAGGCGGAGAUAGAUGCUUCGAUGAUAGUGGAGGACGAGCUGUUCGCGGUCGAGGCAUGGGACCCUUGUCUCGUCUGCGGCAAUGCAGACGACGGCCAUAGUGUCAUGUAUUGCGACGGCUGCGACCGGACUGUUCACAUCUUCUGUGCUGGAUUUGACGACGCCCCUGAUGUGUGGUACUGCGAGACAUGUUUGGUCGAUCUGGAGAAUGACACGGACCUCCCGGGCAUGGCGUCGGCACUGCGACGACGCCCUCGCGCUCGCAACGGUGCUGCAAAUGGAAACGCCAACCGUGCCCAGCCACGUCGCCGUCGCCAGAACGAUGCUUUAUGGGCUCGUGUAUGGCAAGAAGUAUCACGAAGACUUGAUCUCGACCUGGACUUCCCUUUUGACGAAGAGCCAGCUGACCAGAGGACCGAAGAACAACGUCGCGAGUUUCAGCGAUGGCAGCGGAGAUUCGAGGUGGCCAGCCGCCAAGGCGCCACAAAUCGACUACGCGGGAUUGCACAGGCGUCGCUACAGCAAGACUUGCCACCUAACCCUGAGUCCGAAGAAGAGAUUCGAGCCUGGAAUGCUUUCGACAAGGCCAGAGAAUCGCAAGAUGCCCCACAAGAUGCUCCCGUCAACACCAGACGUCGCAAGCGGCGCAACUCGGACCUCCCAGAGUCGCCUCAAGAGCAUGAGCAGUCAUCAGAGCACUUGGAUCAACCCCAGCUCAAGCGUCCCCGACUGAAGCGCCCACCACCAGAGCCUGGACAGGCUGAGUCUUCAACAGCAGCGCAUCGAAGAUCUGCCGCGGAACCCACAUUCCUAUCUUCCCUCCUUCAUGAAGUAGAGACUAAGCCCGCAUCGGCCGCUUCACCGGCCACCUCUGACCAGGCGCCUGGCCAGUACUCGCCAAGAAAUUCCUCUCCAGCGCGUUCGCCUGCAUCAUCCGAAUGCGGCACUCCCAAGGCUGGAACACCGCCACCUCAUCGGCCUCUUUCGCCCCCACUCUCCUCGACCAUCAUGCCAGCCAUGUCACCAUCAGCGCAGAUAUUCUCGCCAUUUUCACCAACAGGAUCUAGACUGGACCGCGAUACUACAGACGGCCUCCUACGGCGUGGACGUCGGCGACGGACAGUCCAAGAGGAUGACGAGCAGGAGGAAGCAAGCCCUGUCGAGCGGCAGUCAUCAGCAUCGCCAUCUCGUGCACUCUCGUAUUCUGCAAAGGAAGAGAUCCAACGCAUGGUUAAGCUGUCGCUAGGACCUCGAUAUCGCGACAAGGAGAUCACGAAAGAUCAGUAUACCGACAUCAACAGGGAUGUGUCACGCAAGCUAUACGAUCUGGUCGGUGACGCUUCGGCGCUCACCAACUCGGAUGAGAGGGAGAAAUGGCAGAACGUUGCCGGCGAGGAGGUCCAGAAGGCCGUGGAUGCUCUUUCCACAAGCAAUGACACAUCUGACGAGUGA